UGUGCAUUUAAGUGCUUAUUUUGCUUUCUUUUCUUUAUAGGCAACUCCACAGGCAAAAUGUUUUCAUCAAACGCAAGCACAACCGCAAAACCCGAAUCAUCUGACGUCAUCGAUUAUAGACUACCUACGUCACUGACACCUGUGCACUACGACAUCGAGUUAUUCCCUAACAUCUACAGCAGUAAUCCAAAGAAUUUUACAUUUAGUGGUACCGUUGUUAUCGAAAUAAAGGUUUUGAAUUCGACGAGGACAAUAACACUUCAUGCUGACGCCUUUAACAUUACUGAGACUUCCAUGCAGUUAUUAGAUGGAGGGAAAAGGCUAGACCUUCCAAUCAUAACUUACACGCAUAGCGAUGACGUCAGACAGUUCUACGUCAUUCAUUUGGACAGGGAACUCCAGACAGGCCAGACAUUCCUUUUAACAAUGAGAUUCGAGGGAGAAAUGCGCCAUGACUCUGUCGGUCUCUAUACAACAUAUUACCUCGACGGCGAAACUAAAGUGUAUAUGGCGGUCAGCCAGUUUGCGGGUCCGCACGCGCGGAAAGUGUUUCCUUGCUUUGACGAGCCCGCGCAGAAAGCGACGUUCAACAUCACCGUGCUCCGUAAAGCGAACACUCGGAGGAAUUACAGGUGUUUGUCGAAUCAGGAGCGACUACGUACAGAUCCCAGACCUGGCGGCCUCCUCGCCGACGUGUUCAGGAAAACUCCUCCAAUGUCUACCUACCUGCUAGCCGUUAUCGUCUGUGACUACCAGUACUUAGAAAAUGUCACACGUGACGGCGUUAAAGUGAGUUUAUACGGUAAUGAUACACUCCGUACAUGUAUCGAACGUGGGCGAGCUCAAAUAAGAUCCAGUUUGCUCAACGUGCACAUGACCAUGGUGUUCGCCUGUUUGAAUGAUAGUGUCCCGUUACCGAAGUUUAAAUUUAGCGGAAUGGAGAACUGGGGAAUAAUAACCUACAAAACCGAUAUCUUAUUCGAGCCAGGGGUGACAACUGCGGCCACAGAAAACUGGAUGGUAGACGUUAUCUCCCAUGAAAUAUCACACCAGUGGUUUGGAAACUUAGUUACGCCUAAGUGGUUUCGAUGGGUGUGGUUAAACGAAGGGUUUGCUUCGUUUUGGGAUGCUACAGUCUGCGAUAAGCUCUAUCCUAAAUUUAGAAAGGGGGAUCUAGAGAUCGUCGAGUCUGUGUAUCCAGUCAUGGUUCAGGACAGUCACGCGACAUCGCAUGCUAUGACGUAUGACGUUAACAGUCCACGUGACAUCGACGCGUCCUACAACACCAUCACGUACAAAAAGGCUGCGUCGAUUAUACGAAUGAUGAGAGAUAUCCUUGGUGAAGACGUCUUCAUAUCUGGGCUGAAUAGAUAUUUUCAGAAAAACGCAUACAGUACAGUUGAUCAAAAUGACCUGUUUGCGGCACUUAACGAGGAGAUAUUAAAAAGGGGCAGACAGAUUAAUAUCACGGCGGUGAUGGACUCGUGGGUUAACCAGAAGAACUAUCCUGUUCUAAACGUCCGGGUAGUAAGUGCUGGAGUCAUGCACGUGCAGCAAGAGCGAUUUCUUUUGAAGACAACGAAUGACUCGACGGAUUCCGCACAGUACGGAUACAAGUGGCAAAUACCAAUUAGUUUCACCAGUAACCGCGAGAAAAAUUUCACAAAGUCACGAAAAUUCGAGGACCUGCAGUGGCUGUCAAAAUUUGAACGAGAGAAAAUCAUCAAGAGUUCGAUUAUUCCGGAACCUACUGAAUCAGGCAGCUGGGUCAUAGUCAAUCUUGUACAGUCCGGAUUUUACCGAGUGAACUACGAAGAUACCAACUGGUUGGCUUUGAUACGUCAGCUAACCGUGAAUAACUCGGUGAGUGAAAACUAAAUUCAUCCUAACAUUAACA